CCAUCAAUCCAUCCAAAUAAUCUUCCCCCCAACGCACCACCACAAUUAACAACGAUGUCCUCUGAACCCAACCAAACCACCGGCCAAUUCCACUCCCUGAAGGGUACUGCUGUUGAAACCAUCGGCAACCUAACAGGGCUUGAUUCUUGGCAACAGUCUGGCAAGGAGGAGCACGCUGCUGGUGAAGCCGAAUAUCGCGCUGCUCAGACCAAAGAUUACGUCGAAGGCGUCGGUGAUCGCAUCGAAGGCAAGAAAGACGCUGUUGUGGGCGCCGUCACUGGCGACAAGGCCCAACAGGCCAAGGGCAACCUGCAGCAUGACAAGGGAAAGGCUCAGCAGGAGAUUAACUCGUAA